CACCAGCACGGCGUGGAUAGCGGAGCCCCCCCACCACCACCCCCCUCAUCCCCCCUACCGAGCACCGACGGGUCGCGCGGUUCUCGGCGCCAGAGAACCGUUGACUUUCUCAGGGAUACUUUUGUUCGGGAGCUAGCUUGUUUUUUUUGGCGACAAAGUGCCACGAAGCGUGUUAGUUCGUUCAGCGUGUAGCUUUGCUGUUACUAAAUGGCGACAAAUGAAGGCAAACAAAGGGGAUAGAGAAGACUAUUCUUCCUGGCUAAUGCGGCUCUUUACCGGCGGUUCUCUUCAGUAGUCGCGCCAGGUCUCCAUUGUGUGAGCAUCCACAACCCCCGGAGCCUCCCCUCCUCCCGCGCAGCAGCUACAACUCCUUUGGACUUGUUGUUUGUUUUUUUAAAUAUAUAUAUAUAUAUUUGGGAAUCACAAGCCUUCUGAAAAAAAUGUGCUCCCGUCUUUGGUUCGUGACCGACCGGCGUAUCAGCCAGGAGUACCCCCAAGUUCAGAUCCUCCGGGCAUUGAAGGAGCGCUGCGCGGAGGAGGAUGUGGAAUUCCGCUCUCUCCUCAUGGAUCAGAUCGUGCUCACCAUCAGCGAGGGGCAACUGGGCCUGCAAGUAGAUCAAGAAACGGUGACAUCAUAUCCACAGGUGGUGGUGGUGCGAGUGCCCACGCCAUGGGUGCAGUCAGACAGUGACAUCACCGUGUUGCGGCACCUGGAAAAGAUGGGAUGUCGGCUCAUUAACCGUCCUCAGGCUAUACUUAACUGUGUCAACAAGUUCUGGACCUUUCAGGAGCUAGCUGGACAUGGCGUGCCUCUGCCCGACACCUUUUCCUAUGGGGGGCAUGACAACUUCCGAAAGAUGAUUGACGAGGCCGAGCCGCUGGGCUAUCCGGUGGUGGUGAAGAAUGCACGUGGCCACAGAGGCAAAGCGGUGUUCUUGGCACGAGACAAACCCCACCUGACAGACCUGUGCCACUUGAUCCGCCAUGACACCCCCUACUUGUUUCAGGAGUAUGUCAAGGAGUCACACGGCCGCGACGUGCGGGUGGUCCUAGUGGGUGGCCGGGUCAUCGGCUCCAUGCUACGCUGUUCCACUGAUGGGCGCAUGCAGAGCAACUGCUCCCUGGGUGGCGUGGGGAUGAUGUGCCCACUCAGCGAGCAGGGCAAGCAACUGGCCACCGAGGUGUCAAACAUCCUUGGCAUGGACGUGUGCGGCAUCGACCUCCUCCAGCUCAACGACGGCUCCUUUGUAGUCUGUGAGGCCAACGCCAACGUGGGCUUCAUCGCCUUCGACCAGGCCUGCGGCAUGGACGUGGCUGGCAUCGUGGCCGACUACGCUCUGUCUAUGCUCCCCAACCGCCUCACCCGCAAGAUGUCUCUGUUGUCGGUGGUGUCGAGCACCAGCGAGACCAGCAGCGAGCCUGAGGUGUGUCCUGUGCCUACCGGCGGCGGCUCCCUGCCCGAGGCCGUGUGCAACAUGAGCGUGGGCUCCACUUCCAGCGAGAGCGACCCCGAGCUGGCCGAGCCCUUGCAGUCAUCCCCCUGUCAGCCCUCGGCCCCGGGACUCCCCGACCCGGCCUACAACUUCAACACACUUCUCGCCAACGAGAUCAAGCUAUUGACUGAAAAUGGAUUUGUCACGGCCAUAUCCAGAAUCAACAGCGAUAAAAGAGGGAGCCUCUACUGCAGGGGUGUCAAAAGUACGGAUCAGGCCCGGGAAAAGGUUUUAUCCGGCCCCCGGGAUGAGUUUGCUGAGUAUAAAAAUGAGCCUAAAUGUUUGAAUGAAAGAAACUGCUGUUCGAAAUGUGUCCACUAGAUGUCGCAAUAGCAAUUCUUUGUAUCUUUGUAGAUGAUGCUACAUAUGUAAAAAAAAAAUAAACACAUGUUAGAACAUCAGUCGAGGAAAAUGAGCAAACUUUAUAAAUAACAUCCUGCAAUUUGAUUUUGAUAUUAUUUUUAUUAUCUUGAUGGAUUGAAAAUUAACACCAAUGAGUUGACUGAUGAACAUUAUCACAUAAUUUAUUCAGAAAGUAUAAAUAACGACAAAUAAAGAUAGAAUAUUAUUAACCGCAACAUGUGUAAGAAAAAAAAGAAAAAAAAACCGGCAACAUUAUGAAUUGUACAUUUUCAGAAUGUACUUGUUCUAUUUUUAAACAAAGAAAACAAUCUGAAGUUGUCUUUAUUUUUAAGUUCUCGUGCCGUGAUUUUACCAGUCCGGCCCACUUGGGAGUAGAUCUUUCUCCGUGUGGCCCCCGAUCUAAAAUAAGUUUGACCACCCCUCAUCUACUGUCAAAAUGUCUUCUUUUUUUUUAGACUUGUGUCAUUUCCUGCCCAUUCACCAUGUCAAUCAACUCAAAAUAUGUACAAGUUGGAAUUACUUUUGAGGUUAUUUUAUGUAUUUGGACUCACAAAGCACAACUAAUACAUUCUUCACGCGACUAAUGUGUAUUUGGUGCGCGAAUACAACUGAAAAAAAGGGAAUAUAAGGAAAUAAGUGCAUUUCCGUGUUUUACUGCCUCUGGAAAAAAGGAAUGAGAAUGCCAAAAAACCUGCUGUGUAACCGAGUACUAAUAUGGGUAGUGGUAAGAGGAUUGUUUUAAGGAUUAUGUGUAAAUAUUUGGAGAAAUACAUUGGACGAUCCAGUUGAUGACAAAAUAGUCUGGGAGGAAGGAUGUAGCAAAGUUCAAGCAGGACAAUAUUAAUAUUGAGUUAUGAGUAGCUAGCGAGGUUUGGAAAGUACGAUGCGGUUGUUACACACAUGCCCUUAUUGUUCUUAUACUGGUCAUCAUUCUGAAAGUGUUAAGAAACAUGCUCCAAAAUGUGUUAUCAACAAAAUGUUCAAAAUGGUGUAAAUAAUUCCCUUUCAUUUUCAUUAUAUAUUUUUUUUUUUAGAUUAAAAUAAAGACAAGUGAUUAUUCAAAACCCAACUAAA